AUGCCUUUACAACUCAACUGGCAGCACAUGACCGACAAAUUGGUAUCCAUGAUGUGCGAAUUGCAGAAAUGGAUCUGAGAUUUCAGAUUUUGGAAACUGCCAGCUAUGAUGGGGUCCUGCUGUGGAAGAUCCGAGACUACACGCCAAGCAAGCAGGAGGCUGUGAGUGGGAGAACCCUGUCACUCUACAGCCAGCCAUUCUACACCAGCAAGUAUGGAUACAAAAUGUGUGCGAGGGUCUACCUGAGCAGCGAUGGCAUGGGCAAAACAACACACGUGUCAUUGUUCUUUGUCAUCAUCGCGUGGCCGAGCAAUGACUCUCUCCUUCCCUGGCCGUUCCAGCAGAAGGUCACCCUCUACUUGCUGGACCGGAGUGGGCUGCGUCAUCUGAGCUGCGAUCAUUUCCACCCUGAUCCCAGUAGCAGCAGCUUCCGCAAGCCCCAGACCGAGAUGAACAUCGCAUCUGGGUGUCCUCUGUUUGUCAGCCAUUCUGUCCUGGAGAACCCGACAAACAACUACUUGAAAGAUGACACAAUCUUUAUCAAGAUUGCAGUUGAAACAGCAAAUUUACGUAUUGUUUGAAACAAGCAACAUGUCUCA